AUGUUUUAUCUACGACAGGCUAUACAAAACCAGCCUUUGGGUUGGGGAGGGUAUGCUCUAAAAUGCAAACUUCAGAACCUAAAACAUAGACUAAAAUCCUGGAGUAGAGAUAUCUGUGGAGAUCUUGGCAGCAAGGUGAAGCAAACUCAGAAUAGGUCACUGCAAGGAAGGCAUAGUAUUUUUUAUAUGUACGGAAGACUUAAUGCCCCACGACACUUUGGGAAUGAUAAUAGAAAUUAUUUGCCAUCAUCUGUGUUUAUGGAACAAACACCUUAUGAAAUCAGUGCUCAUGGCUCUUCAAGAUUACACCCGACAGCACUCUUCAAUAGUAAAAUGAUGAUAAGAUCAAGUUCAGGGUGGGACAAAGAUUUAUAUAAUUGUCAGUCGUAUCAACGUAGUUUCUGCAGUCCUAACCUCACUGGGCACGCGAAGUUUGAUGCUGAGACUCUUGGGUGGGUGAUGGCUCUGUUCUUAGAGAAAAAUACCCAGAUUUAUAUGAGGUAUCUUCUCAAAAACUUCAGACAGUGGCAAGCAUGGGGAUUUUUGGAGAAAAUGGCUGGGAGUGGAAAUUUUCUUGGAAAAGACAUCUUUUUGAUAGUGAAUUGGGGGAAGCCACAACUUUUAUCGACCAUACCUCAGCUAUAA